AUGGCGCCUCGGCCGGGAGGCGGGAGGCGGGAGGCGGGACGGGAGGUGCCGGGGCGGCAGCGGCGGGAGAGAUGGCGGAGGAGCCCCGCGGCCGCAGGUCGCGGUCGAGAAUGUUCCUGUGGCGAAGUCACUGAAGAAGACUCUGUCUUGAAUGCCUCACAAGAUUUGCGGAGAGAUAUUGAUGAAGUAAAAAUCUCUCUCCAGAACAAGGCAGUAGUCUUGCAAAGGACCCUACUUGUGAAUGCCAUCGGCCACCUGGGCAGUCAACAGGAAAUAUAUGAGAAGGAACAGAAGUCAAUUGACUUGAGAAAGCAAAGAUUCUCACUAAAACAAAUCGGAGAACAGAAAUGGCUGCAACUGCCUCACUUGAUGAAAAAACAAGAGGAACAAGAAAGUAUGACAGUGAGCAGAAGUGUGAAGAAGUUACAUGAUCACUUACAUGAAGAAAGAGAAUUAACUACAAUAAUUCAAACUGUGUUCCAGAUUAUUUUAAUGGCAAGCAAUGCUAACUGGGCAGAAGAUCUAUCUUUAAAGGAAGUCGUUCUAAAGCUUGAAACAGAUGCCUAUCUUCUGUGA